UGGUAAUUUUAUGCGCAUGUAUAAUAUUAGCAUGUAAGGACCAGACGGUGACAGAGUGUCCCUUUUCCCUUUUAAUGGUAGCGUCCAUGGGCUACCAGAGGCAGCCAAAUAUUUGACAAACUAACAAUCGCUGUGUUCUCCCCCCCCAGUUAUCGUAAAGUGUGUUAAAGUAAUUACUCGUUUAACAAUAAAAACACACUUCAACUCGAUCACCUGUGCGGCCCAUACAUAUAUUUAUCUGCCAGCGGGAUGUCAACACCGGCGAGACGACGUUUAAUGAGAGAUUUUAAACGACUGCAAGAAGAUCCCCCAGCUGGGGUCAGCGGGGCUCCAUCGGAAAAUAAUAUCAUGGUAUGGAACGCUGUCAUUUUUGGUCCAGAGGGAACUCCUUUUGAAGAUGGGACUUUCAAACUUACCAUUGAGUUCACAGAAGAGUAUCCAAAUAAGCCUCCAACAGUGAGGUUUGUCUCCAAAAUGUUUCAUCCUAAUGUAUACGCCGACGGCAGCAUAUGUUUAGAUAUACUUCAAAACCGUUGGAGUCCCACUUAUGAUGUAUCUUCAAUAUUAACUUCUAUACAGUCUUUACUGGACGAGCCGAACCCAAACAGUCCGGCUAACAGCCAGGCGGCACAGCUGUACCAGGAAAACAAGCGGGAGUACGAGAAGAGGGUUUCUGCUAUUGUUGAACAGAGUUGGCGUGACUGUUGACCCAUGUUAUCAUCUGUCACCAACAGCCCCGAAUCAUCUCACAAAGAAAAAAUAUCCCACUCAGUAUAUACCAUAUAUAUAUAUAUAUAUAUAUAUAUACACACACGCGUCCCUGAACUGUUGGUUGCUAAGUUUGUACUGUUUGUGGAAGUCAUUUCUGCAGAAUGUUAUAAAAAAGUUAAUGUACCUUGUUAUAUCUGGGUUACUUCCUCUGGUGGCUGCUAACUGUAUGUGCUUGCUGUGUGGUUUGCUGUGACGAUACACACUUUAUUUUUGAGUGUUUCUCCUCCUCUUUGCUUUUUUCUUCUGCCUUCUGGAAGCCUUUCAAGUGGGACAUAACCCGACACAGCCACCCCUCUAACACAGUUGCCUUUUCUUCAUAUUUUUGUUUUGAGUACUACACACACACACACACACACAUAAGACAUAAAUGGCCCUUUUUAGGUUUCAUUAACAGAAGACUGAAGAUAUUUCACAAUCAAAGCAUUUGAACUGAUACAUGAUUUCAGGUUCCUUGAGAGUUUGCACUUGGUAACCCAUGUAACAAACUCCAUUUUCUUGUAAAUAAAUGAAUAUACAUCA